AUGACGAACCAGUUCGAAGCGUUGGCCAAAGAAGUCGCCCAGGAAGCACAAGUGCUGUGCGACUUCCUCAACGAGAGGGGAUACUACCAACCAGCUUUCAAUCAGGGAGGAUUCACUGAGUUCGACGAGUUACCUGAGGAGAUUGAAGUAUCCAGAAAAAAGCUCCAAGCUGCGGCAAAGGCUGUGCAUGACCUUGUCGCCGGGCCUGAAGCUUUUGUCAAGUCUCUCUCACACAAUUACCACGAUACAUCAACACUUCGCUGGCUCCUCAACUUCAAGAUUCCGGAAGCUGUACCUCUCCGUGGAAGCAUUGCCUAUGCGAAAAUCGCCACGAGAUGCGAUGUGAACGAAUCACAUCUUCGGAGGGUCCUGAGAUAUGCUAUGACGAACCGCCUCUUUCGCGAGGUUGACACUGAUGAAAUCGCUCACACGGCAUACUCCGCUGUCCUUGUAACGGACGAGCAUCUCAGGGCUACGGUGCAGUAUACCACAGAUGAAGUCUUCCCUACCUCAGCGAAGCUGGUCGAAGCCCACGAGAAGUGGAUGGUCAGAUCAGAGAAGAACAAGACUGCAUUCCAGGUAGCUUGGAACACGGAUCUGCCACAGAGAGAGUAUCUCGAGCAAAAAGGUCUGGAGGAUCGUCUAAAGGCCUAUACCAAAGCCCAAGAAGUCAUCGACACGUCCUUACCAUACGAUAUGGAUCACACCAUCACGACUUACGAGUGGAGCAAAGUGCGCAGACUCGUAUGUAUCGGCGGCGCAAGCAGCCCAACCGCCACAAUUCUAGCAAGACACUUUCCAAACCUGAGAAUCAUGGUCGAAGACCUCCCUGAUAUCGCGCAGAAAGCGCAGGAACAGCUGCCUGGGGAGCUGGAGCGAAAACUAUACUUUACGGCGCAUGAUUACACUUCUCCCAACCCCCAGCCCGAUGAAGUCUCCGGGGCGGAUGUAUACCUCCUCCGGGAUGUCUUGAGUCAUCACUCUGAUGAGUACGCCACGAAGACGCUGGAGGGUCUAGUGGAGCUGCUUCAAGACGGCGCCAAGCUGUUGAUUCUCGAUACGGUCGUGCCGGUUGCGGGAAGUUUGGCGGUGGAGGAAGAGAAGGAACUCGGCGCGAGAGACCUGGACUCUAUGAUGACUGAGAAUGGGAAGUUGAGAACGUUGGAUGACUGGGAGAAGUUACUUCAUCAGGCUGACGCAGACCUUGUGAUCAGCUCGGUGACGCAACCGGAGGGCAGUGCCUGGAGUGCAUUGGAGGUUGUGUUGGAGGUGAGGGAUGAGUGA